CUCACAAAAUUUAGAAAGCUGUUGAUGCUCGUUCUUGGAAGCCCCUAGCACUUUCACAGAAUGGACCUAACUUGUCACAUCUUUUCUUUCUAGACGAUUUAGUCUUAUUCGCCGAAGCAGAAGGAAACCCGAUUGACACCAACAAAAACUUCCUUGAAUAUUUUUGUGAGAGCUCGGGCCAAUGAUUGAACCUUCUCAAAUCGGUUAUGAUAGUCUCAGCCAAUGUGUCGAGAAACAAAGCUCAACUUUAAGUGAUAAUGCAGGCAUUACUCUGACCAAUGACUUGGGGAAAUACCUUUGCAUUAAUGCUAUUAAUGACUAUGUUAAAAAAGCAAGAUACAAAGAAAUUUGCAUGAGAAAACAGAAAAUACACAGCUUGUGGAAAACCACCUAUCUUUCUUUAGCAGCGCGGGUUACCCUAGUGAGAUCUCUCUCUUCUUCUAUGGCUAUAUAUCAUAUGUUUACGAAAGAACUUUCUACGUCUAUCUGCAAUUCCCUUCAGAGGACCAACAAACAGUUUGUGUGGGGAGAAGAAGGGAAAUCCAAGUUUCACCCGAUAGCGUGGGAUCAAAUGACUCAACCUCGAAUCCAAGGAAGAGUUUGGAUCAGACCCACAAGAGCGAACAACCAAGUAGUGCUUUCUGAGGGAGACUGGAAACUAGCUACUAACGGCCAGACCCUGUGGACCAGGGUAAUGAUAAAUAUAUAUGAGCGGACAAGAGAAAGAUUAGCAACCCUCACUAAGACAAAGGGAAGUUCCUUUACCUGGCGUAGCUUCACCACUGUCGUGAACUUGCUUAAAAGGGCUAUGCACUUAAUAUUACUAAUGAUAAGGUUGCUAAAUUCUGGUUGGAUCCGUGGGUGUCGCAGGUACCGCUCAUAGAAAUGGCAACAUGCAAAAUUGCUGAAGACCAAAGAAACAACCUUGUCGUGGAUCUUUGGGAUGCAGAGCAUGGUUGGAAAAUGGAUGAGUUUGAAAACCUACUGUCGCUUAAGAUAGUCAACCAGAUUCGUGCUAUACUGGUCAACCCUCUUGUAACCAAAUGUGACAUGCCCUUUUGGAGCCUAACUUAUUUAGCACAUUUCUCAACAAGUUCGGCUUACAAAAGCAUAACCUCCACGAACACAAGUCAAUAAAUUAUUUGGAAGAAAAUAUGGAGACUCCAAGUCAUUGAAAGGGUGAAGAUGUUCGUUUGGAUGGAAAUGAAGGAGAAUUUAACCACUAAUGCAGUCUGGAAAGCCUGCACCUGACCAAAAAUUAUUUGUGCAUGAAUUGCAAAGUAGCUUCAGAAACUAGUCUCCAUUUCCUCAGGGUUUGUGACAUGAUCAUAGCUCUUUGGAACAAGAUAGUCCCACUAGAAUGUCUGACUGAUUUUACAGCAACAAUUAUAACAUAUGGCUAGAGACAAUCUAACAAGGACUCUCAAGGAAAUUGGGUAGGCAGUUGCGCUAGCUAUUUUGCCAUGUUGAUCGGUAUAGCUUGAAAUGUCGAAAUGACAAUGCUUUUAAAGGAAUUUCAAGCUCUCCCCAUUGACAUUAUGUUACUACAUUAUCGUCAAGACCCAGGAAUGGACUAAAGCUUGAGAUGCAGCAAACUGCAAGGAAGCUCUGCUUGCAUCACCAAACCGUACUAAAAAAAUGAUAGGUUGGUCACCCCCAAACUAGGGUGGUGGAAAAUAAAUAUUGAUGGCACUACCAAUUUAAACAAGGACUAGCUUCGGCUUGGGGAGUUAUCCAAGAUUGCUUUGGAGAUUGGCAAGGGGGAUUUUGUAGCAAGACUGGUGCAGAUAUAACGUUGAUGGCAGAUUUUUGGGGCAUCCACCAGGGACUCCUGCUGUCUUUGCAGGAUGGGGUAGAGUUCUUGAUUCUGGAAUCGGACUCGCAAUUAGGGCUUAAUCUUAUUCAAAAGCACACAGAUACGGUUCACUCCUACGUGACAAUUCUUGGACUAAUUCGGUGUCUCCUUGGUCAAAGAUGGGUGGUUCAUAUGGUUCAUACAUAUAAAGAGGGGAAUAGAGUCGCGAAAAAGCUCUCAAAGCACAAUUUUGUCUAUCACUUCGGUACACCUGAACUAGAAGAACCGCCAAUGAACCAGAAAAGAAUGUUGGAGGAGGACAUUAUCGGAGUUAGCUUUCCUCGCCAAACUCUUAUACGGCUUCAGCACGACUGUUUGGGUCGUCGGCUUGUGCUUCGGUAGAUUUGUUUUAGAGGCUUUAGCCUUUGUAUUCCUCUCGGCUGUUUCAGCCUCCUUUUAAUAAAAAAACAUACAAAUACAAGGGAUUCGCCUAUGAAGCAUAGUUAGUAAAUACUCCAUUUAAUAUACGUAUAUGUACCCGUACGUACUUUAUUCGUUUAAAACUUCCAUAUCCGUAUUAUUGUCAAGCCAUUUCAUUUUUUUCCGUUCAUUUGAUGGCUCCCAUACUAAACACGUAUAAAACCCGUAUAAGACGUUUAUUAUCCAUAUUUUACGAAUUAAAUUGUUAACUUUACUAUUACUUUUAGUACUAUCAAACGUAACUUUAGCUUAGAGACGAAGUAUAAUACCCGUACAUAUUUUUUACGUAACUUUCCCGUAAUGUAUUUUACUAACUAUGCUAUGAAGUAAAUCAACGUAAAACAUUUAUAAAAUAGUCAUAAUCAAUUAAUGGCUAAAUUUAUGAUAAAUCAAACUAUCCGUUUUGAUUUUUAUUGCAGAUAUCACGUCUAUCUACCAUCUAGACGUGGUAUGGGUGCUUUAAUGUUAUUAACGACCAUGUUACAAAAGCAAGAUACAAAGAAAUUUACUUGAGAACGACUAGCAACCAUCACCAAGACAAAGGGAAGUUCCUUUACCUAGCGCAACUUCACCUCUGUCGUGAACGUGCUUAAAAAAAGCCUAUGCACUUAAUAUUACUAAUAGUAAGGUUGCUAAAUUGUGGUUGGAUCCUUGGGUGUUGCAUGUACCGCUCAUAGAAAUGGCAACAAGCGAAACUGCCGAAGACAAAAGAAACAACCUUGUAGUGGAACUUUGGGAUGCAAAGUAUGGCUGGAAAAUGGACGAUUUUGAAAACCUACUGCCGCUUCAGAUUGUCAACCAGAUUCGUGCUAUCCUGAUCGACCCCCUUGCAACCGAUGGUGACAGGCCCUUUUGGAUCCUAACUUCUUCAGGACAAUUCUCAACAAGUUCGGCUUAUAAAUGCAUAACCUCCAUGGACACAAAUAUGCAAAUUAUUUGGAAGUAAAUAUGGAGACUCCAAGUCGUUGAAAGGCUGCAUAUGUUUGUUUGGAUGGCAAUGAAGGAGACGUUAACUACUAAUGCAGUCGGGAAUGUCAGGCACCUCACCCAAGACAAUUUGUGCCCAAACAGCAAAAAAGUAGCUCCAGAAACUAGUCUCCAUUGCCUAAGGGAUUGCGACAUAGUCAAAGGUCUUUGGAAUAAGAUAGUCUCACCAGAAUGUCUGGCUGAGUUUUUCAGCAGCAGUUAUAACAGAUGGUUAGAGACCAACCUAACUAGGGACUCUCAAGGAAAUUGAAUAGGCAAUUGGGCUAGCUAUUUUGCCUUAUUGAUCCGGUAUAUCUGGAAAGGUCGACAAUGAUUUUAAAGGAAUCAAGCUCUCUCCAUCGGUAUUUGACAACUACUUUACCGCCAAGGCCAAGGAAUGGACUAAAGUUUGGGAGGCAUCAAACCACAAGGAAGCUCGGCUUGCAUCACUAGACCGGAUUCAAAAACUGAUUGGUUGGCACCCACCAAACCAGAGUGGUGGAAAAUAAAUACUGAUGGCGGUGCCCAAGUUAACCAAGGACUAGCUUCGGCUUGGGGAGUUCUCCGGAAUUGCUAUAGAGAUUAGCUAGGGGAUCUUCAACAAAUUUGGUACAAGUACAGCGUUGAUGGCAGAGUGUUGGGGCAUCCAACAGGGAGUCCAGCUGGCUUGGUGGAAAGGGGCUAGAGUAUUGAUUAUUGAAUCAGAAUCGCAAUUAGCGCUUGAUUAGAUUCAAAAGCACACAUAUUCGAAUAACCCCUAUGUGAAAAUUCUUGGACUAAUUGCCAUCUCCUUGCUUAAAGCUGGGUGGUUCAUAUGGUCCAUACGUAUAGAGAGGGGAAUAUAGUCGCAUACUAGUU